AUGCGGCUUCAGCUUCUCAUCCAGCGACAUUCCCUUCCACCCGUCCCCAUCAUAUUCACCACAGGCACAGGCCCGGCCUCGCGCACCAAGUCCCCCUCCGCUACGGUUGCCGACCUCCUCCUAGACGUCAGUGAGAUCGUUCCGCUCGAGUCUGCCGAUGGUGAAUGGGGUCUGGAGGAUUAUGCCGUGGAGAUUGCAGCCAAAGAUGGGCAAGGACUUGCCUAUGAAUGCUUGCACUUUCAGACUGUUGAAUCGGUCUUGAGAGAGAAUGACGAGGUUAUUGUACGGGCCUUGAGCAAUGAAGACAUCAGGGUGAGGAGACUCGGCAAGCGGCAUCAAAUCACAGCAGACGGGAGGCAUCUGAUUGAUGGUGUGCCUUUCGGGAAGCAGUGGUUGAGGGAGAUCCAACGUCCAGAUAUACUCAUCCCACCAAGGAAGCGGAGGAGGUUGCUCGCAGCGGAGGACAGUACUGUGGAUGCUGAGGUGGAUCUCCAGCGCAUCCUGCCUGCCGAAGACGGGGACGAAGAUUACACUGGCGCAUUGGUACGGUUUGUGGGCGACGAUGAAGACGAAGAUGAGGAGGAUGACGACGAUUAUGUGGAUAACGAGGAGGCCGGCGCUCAGGAACCACAGAGGCGAAUCACCCUUCACGAAGAGUUUGACGAUGCCGAUGUCGAUUCCGAAGAGGAGCCUGAGUUAGACGGUGACGCAGAGGCAGGAGACCUAUCCUCGGAAGUCGCGCAGCUACUUGAGGAUGCGGCUGAGGUGGAGCAAGCUUCCAACCUCGCUAUUGCAAACCACGUCCUUGAGAACCAGCUAAAGAGGAAACGGCCUAUCGAAGAUGAUGGCGAGCACGAGCUGGAGAAAGAGACCUUUGAAGGUUUCUCUGCUGGCGGAGCCACUUCGUCACGACUGGUCAAUAGGCCGGCUGAUGUUCAGACAAAUGGUGUCUCGGACGAGGAGUCAGAUCAAGAUGAUGGGUCAGACAGCAUGCUCGACGAGAUCACUGCUGAGCGGGAGCGAAUGCCCAUGAAGAAUAUUCCCGAAGACGAUGAAGAUGAUUCUGACGAUUCAGAUGCGACUUCUGCUACGGACACCUCCUCGUCAGACUCUGAUGCUGACAGCCUAGUGCACGAAAUGGCCAUGCAGCAAGCGAAGCGGCGAGCGUUAAACCUCAUUGCAAGCUCAGAAACUGGCGUUGAUGAGGACGAAACCUCCAGUUCAGGUUCUGAUACCGAUAGCGACGACGAGGUCAGUGAUACGACAUCGAGCUCUGGAUCUGACUCUGAUUCGGAUGACACCAGUGAAUCAGGAUCAGUCUCUUCUUCCGAAUCCGAAAUAGACUCUGAAGCAGAGUCUCGCGAAACAAACCCCAAAGAAGAGAAGGUGCCAGAAGCCCCCACAAUCACUGCCACUUCAGUGGGCAUACCCUUUGAAGGAACCCACAGAACCCAUAUGAACAACAAUCGGGCAAAACGUAGGAAGAGGCUGGCAUCCCUGAAGCAGCAAGGCUUGCUUCCUCCUAAUGCGGACUUCAAGGCACUGGCUGAAUACGAUGCAGCACUGGCGCGUCAAGAGGUCGAAGGGCAGCAGCAAGAACAGCAACGAGCUAUCGUGGACCAUGGAAAGGACGCGGUUGUUACCGAGGACGCUGCAGUGCUGAGCAGAGACGCCGAAAUGAGCACCGACGAAGCAGUAGCUGAGCACGACAAGGAAAAUGUGAAUCCUCGAAUUGGCCACGGCGCGCCUCUUAUGGAUGAUACACCAGCAGAGAGAACAUCUGCAGUACCUGAAAUUCCCGAGACAUCGCAAAUCGAUUCGCAGUCCGUCAUGGAGCAGGCGCCGAAGCGAUCUAGGCUGGACGUAGCCAGUAGUCGUCGCCUGAUCCUAGGGUCUCUUGGAGUGAGAGCACCCAGGACUGCUGAAGAACGUCAAAAAGUGAUGGAGAAACUGUCACGGGAUAUUCGGCAUCCCAGGCAACCGAAAGAGGAAGACAUUAGUACUAUGUCGCAAAAUCUUCAGUCUACGACCACGCCGGAACAUGAUGAUUCAUGGAUGGAGAAGUUGAUCGUUUCAGCAGUUGAAUGUGAGGCGCCUGGAGGUGUAUUGCCUCCACCUCCGUUUCCCUUCCAGCAAGGUUGGGCAAGAUCAAACAAGAACAAGAGGAAAAUGCGUGACCAGAGUCAGUAUUAUCAAGGCAGGAAUGGUCAUCUCCAGCAAGAAGACGAACAAGUCGCAGCACCAGAUGUGGCGACGCUGAACUACGAUGACGACUCAAUUGAGAAGGGUACCGAAACUGCAUCAAGGGUCCACCGCGAUGCGGACGAAUUGCCGACAGAGAAAGAACUCGAUAGCCUCGCAGCGCUUGAGUGGGAACAGGUCCUCCCUGGCGCGACGAUUGCGUACCGAGAAUUGCACGUUGAUGCCUCGACGAACUAUCAGCCUGCGGUUUCCCCUUAUCGAAUUGGACAAGUAUCGCAUGUUGAUGAAGACAGUGUCGUGCACUUGCAAUUGGACAAAGGCUCGUUCGGCUCACAGGCCCAACAGAUCGAUAGAGUGACAGGAGAAAGGGUUUAUGGCAAGUUUGAGCUUGCAGAAGAGGACGCAGAUGAAGACGACGGAACCCGUGAUGUCUCCUAUUCCAGCAUGAUCAAGCCGAAACUCGUCGAGCCUUCAUCGAAUCCCUCAUUGGUUCAAGUGCCAGACAGCAGCAAUAUGGUGGGCCUGCGCGGAGGCGAAGCAGCAAUUCCAUCCGUGGCCGAUGAUGAAGUUGUCGUUCCCGAGUCUGCAGAACAAGAACAAGAGAUCGAGACGCAAAUACGCGUCGAGAUGCAAGCAAGUAUCGAGGCUGACGCGACCGCACACCCGGCGGGGCCAGCGGAGACUCUCGAUACGCCUCGUAAACGAGAGAUCAACGGCAUCAUCAAGGAGGCCGGAUUCGAGUCCGCCUUGGACGAGCAGUUGCUGCAGCCGAUCAUGAAUCCAGCCGCCGACUCUGAAAAUGCACAGGGACAAGACGACGCACAGGGACAAGCACAAGGAAAAUACGCGCACAGAUUCCGGCCCAAAUCGCCACGUGUCAUCAUUACCUCGUCGGACCAGCAGCCGUCAUCACCGGUGGACGACGAGCUCAGUUUUGAAGAUGACAAUACCAACGCCGGAAUUUCCUCCAUAGCAGCAACAUCGUCUCCGUACAUGCCCACGCAGACCACUGUGGAGUAUCCCCACAUAUCACAGAUGGACAUUGGCUCCUCCGCUCCUGUUCGCACUACUGAUAGCAGUUCUCACCAGGAUGCACAAAAGCUGUCGCCGGCUGUGGAAGUCGAUCUGUCUUCCACAAAUGUGAGGCGAGAGAAAGUAACGGAAGAACAAGUUGCAGAUAAGACUGACGAGCUGGAUGGCGAAGAGGACAUAAUUGAAGUCAGCCAACAAGGUUUCUCACCCCUCCCGCCAGAGUCAGGGAAGCCGGUUUUUGAGCAGACAGAGUCUUCUGGUCCUAGAGAACCCGAGAUCGAGCAAAGCCCAGUACCACAAGUCGUCUCGGACCUCGUCUCUUCCCAAACCAUGGACCCCGGCAAUGAAGGAUCCUCGGUACCACAGGACUCUUUUUUAGACGGACUUGGCUACGAUGGCAACGACUCUUCCUACCAUGAGAGCGGCCUCAACGAGGAUAGUGAUCUGCCUUCCUUGAGCGACUUCAGGUCGAGCCGAAGGACCAGCCGACGAACAAGUACACGAUCGACCAAGAAGAAGUCCGUAUCGCCAUCACCACCCCGAGCAGCAAGAAAGUCGCUUCGCAGCAGUAACGCCUCGAACCUCCGCAGUAACGCAUCGAGGAGGAAGAGACGGGAUCCAUCUCCCUCGAGUAGCCCCGAAUUGCCGCCAUCCAGCCAACCUGAGUUCAAACAGUCGCAAAGUCAGAGAGGACCGAGGCUCUCGCAAAUUCCUACAAACAGCCAGGUUCUUGUCGACCUUACGUUUUCCAGUCCCCCAAUGAGCCCAAUUGAGAGCUCGAUCAAGGACAAGGACGACGGUGAUAGCGAUUUCACCCUGAGACGGAAGAAGAACAAAAAGUCCGAUGACAGUGGCACGGGUCGAAAGACAGGUGUGAGGGGAGCGAAGCAGGCAUCGCAGGACAGUGGGAUCGGGAAGAGGACGCUUCUUACCAAGAAGAAGGACUCUGAUCCGAAAUAUUAUUGA